ACCUCCUCCCAACACCCCCACCAGCGACGUCGACCAAGAGGAGAGACGAUGGCCGCAGACUAUUGGAGGUCAUCGCAGGCGAACCACUGGCUACUGAGCCCAUACGAGCUCAAGCUCUCGCGCCUCGAGGAUAUCCGGUAUGCCGGCAGCGAGGAGCGGGUGGCAGCAGUCACCAUAUGGAUGGCCAAUGCGAUCUCUCAACUAGCCAAGCGAUUCGGACUACGCCAAAGAGUCACAGCGACAGCCACAGUCUUCUUCCAUCGCUUCUACUCUGUCCCUCCUAACGCCUACUGCAACACGGACCCGUGCAUGGUAGCGACUGCCUGUCUCUACGUGGCCUCCAAGGUUGAAGAGACGCCUCUUCACGUCAGAAGCGUCAUCGUUGAGGCUGCCCGCGCCUGGACAGAGUACGGCCACUCAUCCUUCCCCACUUCCGCCACAGGGUUGGCAGAGAUGGAGUUCUACCUCCUGCGAGACCUAGAUUAUCAUCUGAUACUGCAUCACCCUUACCGGCCCUUGAUGGCCAUUGUCGGUGCAGCGGGUAAGACUGCGCUAGAGAAGUCGGAGGCAGAGGCGAAGACCAAGGCGGCAAAGGGAGGCGCAACACUGGGCUCUCGGGGACAAGCUGGACUAGGAGCGCAAGCUGAAGCUUUAGGCGUAGGCUCUAGCAAACUUGGUCAACCGAACUUUGACAUGGCCUCGCUAAGCCAGGCUGACGUGGGAAAAGGAGGUGUCUCAGAGGAGCAGGACAGAGCAAAAGCAGAGGAGGCAGCGGCAAGAAAGGCAAUGACUGCUGGCGAUUAUGGUCUGCCGGUUGCAAGAGCAGAGGAGAUCGACGAUGGUGUGGUUCAGAUGGCAUGGUUCUUGCUCAACGACACGUAUCGGCAUUCUCCGCUCCACCUUCUGUAUCCUCCAUACGUACUGGCCCUCUCAGCUCUCUACCUCGCCUUGGUCCUGCAUGAGACCAGCAGAGAGAAGAUGCUGGCCAGCGUCAAGCGGAUGGAAGAGAGAAGGAAAUUGUGGGCGGAAGAAGUCAAGCGCAAGGAGAUGGAGGAAGAGCAUUCGGCCAAGAAGGUUAAGCUGGACGAGUCGACACCAGAAGCAAGCAGUGCGGCGAAGAAUGCUGCAACAGCUUCCACGUCGAGCUUUGGCAGACCGGGAAUCACUUCAUCCCAUUCCAGCAGUCCUUACGCUACGCAGUCAGGGAACUCUAGGCUCCCUCAUGGCCUACCUCCCAGGCCAGGUCACCUGCCACCUCGGCCGGGAGCGCCUCUCUCGCGGGAGCCUAGCAGCAGCGGUAACCCUCUUGGUCGUAAUACUCCCGCAUCUUCCACCCCCUACCCCGCCAAGGGACUGCCCGGACUUGCCUCGAGCUCAUUCGGCGCAGCCUCUCUUCGAUCUCCCUCUUCGACCGAUCCAUCGCAAGGCGUAACAGGAGUGGAUGGCACUAGCUUCAAUAGCGAGGCAGGUCCAACGCCUCCCCCCGAUGUCCUGACCUUUCUUGCCUCUUUGAACCUCUCGCCCACGCACCAGCUCGCAUCGUGCAUCCAGGGCAUGCUGGACGGAUAUGCCGUAUGGGGCAAAGUGAUGAGGGACAUUGAUGGAGCCGAAGGGAGCAAAAGGGUCAUGGGCUGGCUUGAGAAUUGGAGGAGGAUGAGAGAGGAGGAGUUGAGAGUCUUGGACAUGGAGGCUUUGGCGGCAGCAGCGGCAGCGGCCGCAGCCGCAACCUCGUAGACAGCCCAAUGGGAGGUUCAUCUCCUCCCCUUUAAAGUGCCGCUUCAUUACUAGUGUAUAUACCAUUUCGCAAUGCCACGGAUGCU